UGGGCCCCCGUACCGACUCCUCAUGCUGCUGCCAGGCCCGUAAUCUGUCAUGGCCCCUGUACCGCCUCCUCAUGCUGCUGCCAGGCCCGUAAUCUGCCAUGGCCUCCCGUACCGACUCCUCAUGCUGCUGCCAGGCCCGUAAUCUGUCAUGGGCCCCUGUACCGCCUCCUCAUGCUGCUGCCAGGUCCAGAGUGUGUCAUGGGUCCCUGUACGGCCUCCCAUUGCUGCUGUCUCCAUCGCCACACUCUGCCAUGUGCCACUUUCAGGUCUCCUCACACUGCUGGUGGGUUCCAUUUUGUCAUAGGGUGCUGGCAGAUUACGGGCCUCCCAUUGCUGCUGCCAGGCCCGUAAUCUGCCAUGGGCCCCCGUACCGACUCCUCAUGCUGCUGCCAGGCCCGUAAUCUGUCAUGGGCCCCUGUACCCAGACUCC